AUGUUUAGUAAAAGCUCUAAUUUGCUGAUAUUGUCAGCCAAUCCUACCAUCAGGAGGGGAUAUUUAGAUGCUGUAAGGGCCAUUUCGGCUACUAUUGCCCCUAACUCGUGUUUUCAUACUGCUUCCCAAAAUUUAGAGGCCUACGGAAAAAAUAGUACAAGGCAGUCAUCUGGAACUGGCUAUGACAGAAAACGAAGCAAGAAUUAUGGAUCAUCUAAUAAUUACAACAAUCAUGGCAAUAACUAUGGCAAUAACUACGGAAAUAAUAAUAGAGGUAGCAACAGCUAUGGAGGUGGCUAUAAUAGCUUCCAAGGUUCAACUGGCCGUAAGGGCAAUGCUAGAGGAACUUGGGGUGGAAAGAAUAAGACCCGGGAUAGUGAACGGGAUCAGGAAAAAGUAAUUGGAAGAAAUAGAUUAUCAAACCGUGGUGGUGAAGGUGAUGGAUUAAGGGGACUGGAUGAUUAUGAAGUGGACAUUUUAAAAUUAAGAGGACUUGAAUGGACUGAUUUACUUCCCAAGGUAGAAGAAAAGACCUCAGAGAAUGCUGAAUCUGGUUCUGAAUCUGAAACCAGUACCGAAUCCGAGAAAAGCAGUUCUGAAUCUGCUGCUGGCUUUUCUGGAGUUCCAACUUUGGAAUUGGCUAAUCAAAAAGUUGUGUCCAGAGUUCUUGUCAACUCUCUUCAUUAUAACAGAAAAUAUACGAGUCUGACCCCAGUACAAGCUCAGACUCUAAUUCCUAUUCUCAGAAAUGAAAGUGUUGUCGUGCGAGCCAAGACAGGUACUGGUAAGACAGCUGCUUUUGCUAUUCCUACUCUUCAAAAGGUCUUAGAAGCUAAAAGAGCUGGAGAAGAAGGUGUCAAAGCUGUGAUUAUAUCGCCUACUCGUGAGCUGGCUCAACAAAUCGCUGAUGAGAUCACUGCCAUUUCCACCUACGGUGAAUUGCGAAAAAUUAAAACUCAAUGUUUUGUUGGAGGUCUUUCUAAAGACAGACAACUGAAGCUUGGUUUCUUAAAUAAGCCUGUCGUCGAUAUUGUAGUUGCCACUCCUGGUAGACUUUAUGAUAUUCUUGAGGAUGACAAUGUAUUGAAGCAUUUCAAAGGACUUCGAUUCAAGGUUUUGGAUGAAGCUGACAGACUUUUAGAUAUCGGUUUCCGCAACGAAUUAGAGGCUAUUCGUGAUAGACUUGCCGAGGUAGUGGAGGGUGAGGUUCCUACUCUUUUGUUCUCCGCUACUAUUGACCAGACCGUCAGGUCGUUUGCUCGUGAUGAGUUUGGACAGAGAGCCAAGAUUGUUGAUACUGUUCCAAAGAAUGAACCUACUGCUGCUGAACUGGUCGAGCAACAUUCUAUUGUUUGCUCUAACUGGGCUCAGAUGUACACUGCUGGUGUGGAAUAUAUCGAGAAGGAAUUGGUAGCUGCUAAGAAUGCAUUGGAAGAAAGUAACAACGGAGCAGCCAGACCCUUUAAAGCCGUUCUUUUCAUGCCCUCAGUGGUGCUUGUGGAGAAUUUUGCCAAAGUCCUUUCUGAAUAUUUUGCUGAUGGCGACCAUGGUCGCAACUUUGUUCAUACCUUGCAUGGCCAGAUGACCCAGGCCAGCAGACAACGUAUUUCUGACUCAUAUCGUAAAUCACGACAGAGUAUCCUUGUGACUACCGACGUAGUUGCUAGAGGUAUGGACUUUCCCCAAGUGACGCAUGUUUUCCAGAUAGGCGUUCCUAGUGAUGUUGCAUCUUACAUCCAUAGAAUUGGUCGUACCGCCCGUAUUGGUAACAGUGGUAAAUCGUUCUUGAUUUUGUCUAAAUAUGAGAAAGACUAUCUUAAUCGUCUUCAAAGCGCUGCCAAGAUUACCAUGGCUAACGAAGUGAAUACCUAUAAGCCAGAUGCCGAAGUAGCAUCCAAGGUAGCACAAGCUGUUCCCGAGUCUAUCGUUGACGAAGAGGAGGCUAAUGACAUUUAUAACAACGUCCUUAUCAGUGUGGGUAGUAUUAAACGUUCAUACCGCAUGGACUCACGAGCAUAUAUCAGGGACCACCAGCAAUUCGCUGAUUUGUUUGGUCUCGACACUCCUAUCCUCGCCGGUUCUGCUCAGAAGAUAUGGACAGACCGACGUGAGCCCCGCCACAAGGGUGGUAGAGGAAGUUUCCGUGGCGGUAGCAGACAGUCACGCAUGAAGUGGUAA